AUGGAACCCGUACUAGCCACCCAUCCAAUAGCAGGCUUGAUUGUUGUUGUGAUUCUCUUUGGUACUACUGGGAUUCUCCUUGCCUUCGAUAUUAUGGAAAAGGAAGAUGUAUUCAAGAGGACACCUUGCCCAGCUUUCCUGAUGUUUGAGAAUGCUGCUUACUUAGCUGAGAUGAGCUUUGAGUUGCCUUGUAACUGCAAGCCAGAAGAGGUUUCCUCUGUAGUUUGGUAUUUCCAGAAAAAUAUGGGCAGUCAGCAGACAAAAGUCCUGACAGACUUUGAUGGCACGAUGAUAGUGGACUCCACGCACAUCAAGGUGGGCACUGACAUGCUCAGACGCUUCAGCAUUAGGAUGUUUAGUCUUAUUGUCUUUCGGGUUCAAGUGGAAGAUUCAGGGCAUUAUAUCUGUGGCACAAAGAAGGGGGAUUACUUUUAUGGCUAUGAUGUAGAUGUCCAAGCUUCCAAGCGUAUAAGGGUUGCCUUUACAGAGAAGAAUCAGCAUCCCAAUAAAGAUAAGGAAGGAAAACAGUACAAGAUCUUCACUGCCUUCUGGGACUGGACCAUAUGCAACCGCUGUGAUGUUCGAGGUGAGCAACGUCGGAUUGGUCUUUGCUAUAUCAAGAGUCCCUAUUUGGUCAGACGAUACCGUACAGCCACAGCAGAAGUGGCAUCCUGUGGCUCAGGGUCAAUCCCAAAACAGUUUAAACGUGCUAUUAAGAACAGAAAACCUGAGAUUGUUAUCCGAAGUUGCUCAGAACCUUGUAGAGUAAAGAUACCAGCCAGUGAAGGAGAGGAAUCUCUUUCUGAUGCUAUAUCAAAGCUUGGAGAAACACCCUGGGUCUCUAAGAUCCCUAUUCAAUUCCAUAAGCAAACCCUUGGCACUGACCUGAUCAUUUCCUGCCCUGGUGCCAGGCCAGAGCAUGCUGUGGCCUGGGACAAAGAUUCGACUCGGCUGUAUCUCGAUAAGUUCCUCACUGGAGUCAAUAAGAGCAUGAGGGUCUUCAUCGACUAUGGAAACCAUCUACAUAUCCGCUUUGCCCAGCUGAGUGACAGAGGCAUCUACUUUUGCUGGCGAGAGGGAGAAUUGGUUGCUGGUUUCCGAUUAUCUGUGAUGUAUGAGAGCCGCCGCAAGCGAAGCUUUGAUGAUCCUGAGGCACAGUAUGCUAUCAAGACCAUCUUCACGUUUUAUGUCCUUCUGACUUUCAUCUUUACAACUAUCCACUGUGUACGCUUCUGCAUGUAUGCCUUUAAAAGGCCCGGCUAA